AUGCAACCACCCAUUAAUUCAAAUUCUCAACAACAUAAUCAGAAUCAACAGCAUCAACAACAAAAUCAAUCUGCACCACCUUCAAAUUAUUUAGUUCAACAUAAUUCACUUUCUCAAACAAUGCCUCACCAACAAUUAGUCUAUUCAAUUCCUCCUCCAAGCUCUCAGCCGAUAGCUUUAAAUCCUUAUUAUCAACAAUAUCAACAACAAAUGCAAGCUCAACAACAAGCUCAAGCACAACAACAAAUGCAAAGUCACCAGCAACAGCAACAACAACAACAACAUUAUUAUGACCCAAAUGCAUAUAUGAUGCAAAACAUUGCACCAAAUUAUCAACAACAACAAUCUAUGCUACAACAACAAGUGAGACAGCCAAUUCCUCAACAACAAUCAUACUAUAAUAAUAAUAAUAAUACAACUACCCCCAACAAUGUUUUAAAAAAUAAAUUAAAAGAUGAAACAAAUAAUAAUAACGUAAGGUCAAAUAAUUCAAUUAUAACAUCCCCAUCUACAGAGGAAAUAACAAUAAAUCAAGUUAUACAUGCAAAUUUUCCUGAAAGAUUACAAAAAGUAUUACCUGCUCCGCCAUUGUCAAAAGCUCCAAUAAGACCGGAUAUAACUAUAAGUAAUACUGCAAAAAGAGCUAAAAGAAAAUCUAAAUUUAGCCAAGAACAAGACGAUUUAAUUGUAAAUCUAAAAAGAAAAGGUAAGAAUUGGGUAGAAAUUGCUGAAAUUACAGGGGUUGGAUCAUAUUUAGCUGCUCGUAAUAGAUAUCAAGUUAUUGUUGGACAACAAGGUAAUAAUAAUUCAAGUGCAUGGGAUAACAAAGACAAGAUUUUUUUAAAAAAUUUAUUAGAUGCAGCAGAAUUUGAAAAAUGGAAAUAUAUUACAAUAGAAUUAAAUAAAUCAACUUCAAAAAAUUUCAACGAUUAUGAAGUAAGAGAAAUUAUUAGAGAUCUAUUUUGGUCUAACCCGGCAAGUUUCGGUGUUAGUGAAGAGCUGAUAAAGGAAACUGAAAAAGAACGUAAACAAACUGAAAAAAUUUUAGAACAACGUGAACAACAAAGAAGAAAAAAAUCAGGUGGAUCUGCUGCUAGUGCUAGAAAUGAUGAUGAUGAUGAUGACGAAGAAAGUAGUGAUGAUGAAGGUUCAACUAAUAAUAAUAAUAAUGCUAAAAAAAGCACGGCUAACGGAACAGAUAAUGGGGAAUAUAAUAGUGAUAGCUUGAGUUACUACUAG